CGGAAAGAUCUCUAGUUAGUGCUUUCUGUAUUACAGUCGAAAGGUGAAUAGAGAUGUUGUAUGACCUGGUGUUCAUAAAUCUCAAUUCAAUGGUGUAUACAGAUAUACUACAUUGCCACCAGUUAACGCUGAUGAGGGCCCGUGAAAGAUAACUACUCCUUCUAGAGCACGUGUAUGGACAGUGGUCAAGCGCUAAUUCUAUUACGCGCAUAUCUGCACCUAAGUGGACUUAGAGGAAAAUACAGCAGUGAGACCACUGUGGGCAAAGGUCGACCACAAAAUUACUGUGGCCACUUCCAGCGAGAUACUGGUCAGAACAAUAUUACUCACCUAGAAACAACGGGACAGUAUCUACGGAAAACAGCUUUAAGAACCAUAGUUGGCGUUCAGGAAGUAGUUAUGAAGGGCCAGAGGAUCUCAAUAACUUUUUCAGAAACAGUUGAUGUCCACGAAAGCAUUUCUGCAAGCUCGAAACACAACAAGGAGAAGGAGCAACUGAAAUCUAGACUGCGGAAAAGCCUACGCAAUGACCACGAGCAGUGGUGGGUUGCGAAAGACAAACAGAUGGAAAAGGGUAGACAGUCAUUCCAUGUGAACAGACAGACUAUAGAAAAAGUUGAUAGUUAG